GGAGCCAGAAACAUCGUGGAGGCGUGGGCCCCCAAGCAUGCAUCCCAAGAAGGCGCAGAAGGACCAAGUCAUGGAGGACUUGUGGCAUAAGUUCUUGCACCCAGACUCUCAUGCUACUCGACUGGAAGAACCGUUUACCUUCCUCCUCCGGGAUACAGAGCAGAAGGUCAUCUGUCUGCAGGGAAACCAGCUGGUGGCCGUUCCAGGAGCUACGAACACGACCCCAGAGGUCAUCAGUGUGGUGCCCAAUCGCUUCUUGGACCGCAGCAACUACCCCAUUAUUAUGGGUGUGCAGAAGGGGACCCUCUGCCUCUCCUGUGGGACAUCCGGGACGCCUGCUCUGCAGCUGGAGGAACGAGACAUCAUGGACCUGUACAACAAGGAGUCUGAGAGUCGGUGGUUCACCUUCAGCAACACCAAGAGUGGGGACACACACCGGUUUGAGUCGGUGGCCUACCCGGGCUGGUUCCUCUGCACGUCCCAAGGGAAGGACCAGCCCCUCGGCCUCACCAACAGCCCUGGGGAGACCCGGAUCACAGACUUCUACUUCAGGAACCUCAAGGAAUAGCGGAUGGGGCCUCCUGGGCAGAUGCCUCGCCCAGCCGCCCUGCUGCUCUCUGGCUGAGCCUCCACUGGCCACUGCCCGCUCCUUCCCUUCCUCCGCAGACGAGUGUCCACCUUUCUUGCCCUAGACUGCUCGGCUUCCGUUGCGGGUGGCCGGCCUGGUGCUUCCCCUGGCUUGGCUUCUUUGGCCACCCAGUGAGAGCUGACCCCACCCCCAGAAGCCGCCUCCUUGGCUGGGUGGGCAGAGAGUUUAUUACAGUCCAUG